UAUCCAUUUAGUUAUCCAUUUAGUUAUCCAUUUAGUUAUCCAUUUAGUUAUCCAUUUAGUUAUCCAUUUCAAGGAUUCACACGUGAUUUCAAAUGAUUGGCUUAUGUAAGUUAGUCACCUUAUGGAAAAGCCGUGAGCCUCGGUCCGUUGUCAAUGCAAGUGCCUUGCCCUUUGCCUUUCCCUUUGCCUUUCCCUUUUCUCAAUCAAUGGAGUUAGAUGUGGCAGGGGUUCGUCAUUGGGUACUUGUGUCCCCAGCCUCAACGCGACAAGUCUUGUAAUUAAUUCCCAAAGAGCUCCAUAAUACAGCUUUACCGCUGUCAUUUAUUCACACAUUUUUUAAAAAAAACAUGAAUCUUCUCUGAGGCUUUCAUCCUGUAGACAUGCCGAUACGGGAGGAUAUCGUGGCCUCCGCGGUCUCCUUCUUGCAGGACCCAAAUGUGGUCUCUUCACCGACCGAAAACAAAUUAUCUUUCUUACGAUCAAAACACUUAACGCCUGAAGAGAUUGAUAUAGCCUUUGCACGUAGUGGUUCACCAUCGACUGCACUUUCUCUUUCGCCAGUACACUCGCCACCCGCAUCUGCUCCCCAACACCAGCAACAACACCAACAACAUCAGCAUCAACAACAACAACAACCUCCUUUCUAUGGACAAUACCAAGCCCAACCUUACGGAUGGCAACCACCCCCGUUAGAGCCCCCUAAGAGGGACUGGCGAGAUUGGUUUAUUAUGGCCACGGUAAUGGGUGGUGUCGGAUAUGGUUUAUACUUCAUCACUAAGCGCUAUAUCUAUCCCCUAGUUUCACCUCCUACGCCAGACAGAUUAGAGCAGGAUAAGUCAUUAGUAGAUGAGCAGUUCGAUAAAGCCUUCUCAACUCUUGAGCAAUUGGCCAAGGACACGGACGAAUUGAAGCAAUCGGAGAAGGAACGGACAGAGAAGCUUGACAAGGUGCUCGAGGAAUUAGAGUCAUUCAUGAGAGAUAGUAAAUCAGCCAGUCGGCGACACGAGGAUGAGACGGAGCGGCUGAGAGAAGAGAUGAAGGGCCUCAAGGGCGUCAUCCCCAAGUCUAUGUCGGCGAACAAGGAAUUCACAGACAACCGGCUCAAGGAGAUCACCAACGAAGUCAAGAGUCUCAGGGCGUUGAUCGGCCAGAGAAUGAACAACACCACAGCCACUCCUCCCAGCAGCAUCGCAGUACCACCGCCGCCAGCUAUCAGCUCGAAUGGGUUCCUCAUGCCGUUGGGCAGCACUAUGGGAAUGCCGACAGCCAGCGCAGUCUCGACGCCGGGAAUCGAUAUGAUGGCUAAGGAGAUUGGGGACGCGAAGCAGGCGGUGAGAGAUGAGAGCUCGCCACCGCAGAGUAGCAGCAGCAAACAAGACUACCUCUCAGCCCUCGGAAGUCGGUCCAGCCCUUUCGGGAGCGGGAUGCCAGCUCAGAAAGCGUCGAUUCCGGCGUGGCAGCUGGUAGCGAGCGGCAGGGAGGGCGGCGCGACCGCAUCGCAGCAGCAGGACGGCGCCAACGGCAACAGCUCGUAGGUACUGUGAAGGGCAUCGGUGCCCUGUUUCGAUGGCAGAGUUUAAGAAAGAAAAAGAAAGAUGAUGAUGAAUAGCAUACUCCUCCCUCUCUUUUUUAUAUCUCUCUCUUCGUCUUAAUUCCUGUUCUGUAUCAAGCAGCCAAGGCCCGACAAGGGGAGAGAGGGGAGGUAAAGAAAUUGCCCCGGGUCUUGGAUUCAAAGACUUUUUUGCUCCAAGUGUCCAUGCUAUUUUAUCUAUCCAUCUAUCUAUCGAUCAUAUCUUCUGCACUACGUGUAACAAACCAGAGCCGCCGUCUCGGUCGAUUCGGAUGAGACGGUAAAAGGUUCCCGUCCUAGCUAAUUUACCUAUCUAACUAUCUAUCUAUCCAUUUAUCUAUCUUGGGAGAGAUGCGAGAGGUGGGAGGGUGGUGGAAGAGGGAUGAGAGAAAGAAAUGUAGACGAAAGAAAGUGUAGACGAAAGGAGAUGAGAAGACGAAGAAGAUGGAAAGUGUUAUUUUUAUUUCAUCUUUUGGGUAAAAUGUGUUUAUGGUUCGAUUUCGGGAGGGAUGGGAAUAAAUGAGUUUUUAAUUAAGAUCCAUGUAUCACCAUUGGUAUGCUUUUUUCUUAUAUGUCGUGGGUUUAUAACCAGACUGAUACUGUCAUCCCCCUUUUUUACCACGGGUUUCCCAUGUAUGACGAGCUUUUUUUUUUUUUUUUUUU